GAUGAGCAACGAACAUUUACGCAUCACCGUGGAUGCCGACUUCGAAGACAACAACGUGUACUGCCAGCCAUGUGUCACGAUAUGCCAGCAAUGCGGCAGAAAUUUGCUUUUCCUCAAGUAACCCCAGUCUUUCUUCCUCUGAACUCUCUCACAAGCUUCGCGAGUCUUGUGAAUUGCGGCGAUCGCGCGUACACUACAAGCUCCUAGCGAGGCUUAGCGUGCCACCUGUUUGAAAUUCGGUUUCUCCAGCUUUUGUUCGGGCAUCAAAGAGCAAUAUAUAUUCGGCUGCAUAUGUCUCACUAACAUCUUCUUUGUUUUCCGUUCCAUAAAGUCCCGUGGAGUUCCCUGUUCGCCAACCAUCACCAUGGAUCGCCUUGCCACUGCUAGCAUCCCGGAUUCACUAGCGAAAUUAAAGGAGCAGGGAAAUGAACUUUUCAGAGGAGGUAGCUUUCACGAGGCCGCUAAAUUGUAUCGUCAAGCACAGGAAUUGUCAUCUGAAGACCCUGUAUACACGUCGAACCUCAGUGCUGCACUCUAUGAACUAGGAGACUAUCCUGGCGCUUUUGACGCGAUUUGUCUGGCAGUAACAAAGUCCAAUGCCGAAUCCCCAGAUUUCCUACAACGCUUAUCAACACGGAUGGCUAAAUGCCUGCUGUACGGAACUGUCGACCAUACUUUGGUAUCCAAAAGAGCGUCCAUCGUCGAGAAGUUGGAAUCGAGUUACCACUCGAAAGAAUGGAAGAUGGUGCGGGCUGUAGAAUACGAGGCUGAUAGAAAUGCAGCGGGUAGAGUGGCAGCUCGAUCUAGACUCCUUGAUCUGAAUAAGCUCAAGUCGAAUCUUAAUCCGACGCCUGAAUUCUUUAAGAUAGGACACGAUAGUCCGAUGUCCAUAAUAGACAACUGGGGAGCUUCGUAUACUCAAGACGUUCCGCUGUCGCUGAACCAGCUCUCUCCUUCCAAAAUUUCGCAGUUGUCUUUCCUAUUUGCCGGAGUUGGGGAUGCACGACAUGUCUUUGGAUCUCUCAUAGGCUUGGGGCGAGCGUUCGCAGAAAUUGGAAAGAAUAAGCGAAAGAAAUUCAGGGCGCAUCUGACGCUGCUUGACAUCCAUCCGUCUGUAUUGGCACGCGACCUGUGCUUCCUUAUACUUCUUGACAACCUCGUGUCCGGAAAAUACGACGAAAAAGAGCAAGUAGAAAUCAAAGCGACACUUUUCUACUCGUACAUUGGUAUCGUUAUGCCCGAUUACUGCUACCAAAGAUUCCAAAUGACCGUCGCGCAGCUCAUCGAAAAUCUCCAACGCGACCAGCCCAGGCUUCCUGUCUGGCUCCAUGUAAAUGCAAGUUCGAUUCCGCGAAUUGUUAACUCUCUUCGACACUGGUCCUCUGAUCUUUCCCUCAAAACGUCUCGAGGAAUGCUCGCAGUGCACCGCGUACCCACGCCAUGUAAGGAUAUAAUGGCGGACCCCACCAUCCCUGACGAGUUCAAAGACAAUUUGUUCGAAUCCACGGCUCUCAGACAUAUUAAUUACAUCAAGGAAAUCAUGCCGGAUGACGAGGUAAUCGAGCUAUUCCAUUCUGAUGACCUUGGAGAGUGUCCUCCGCCAAAUCCACUGUUUUCCGAAUUGCGAUCAGCUUGGCUUGAUGUGGGCCGGAAACAGCUUGCUUAUGAUGCGUAUCUUGCUUUUCGUAAGUGGGAUGUUGGUGUUACCCUUCGAGCGCAUCGUGAGGAGGCCUGGUAUGCACACACGCAUGUCUUCUUACCUCCUGCUGUCCUACGAAAAGACCACCAUUCACGAUACGAACAACUCUGGAACGCUGUGCGAACCAAUGCUCUAGCAUCAGCUAUUGACGCAAGGAUACUUCGAGAAGUGAAAUAUGAUAUCGACCGGACUUGGAAGCCUAAUCUAUCGCUCUUUGACCACGAUUGGGAUACCAGCAAUGGUUUUGAAUAUCCAGUUACGAACAUCAACCCUUUCAGCACCAUUAAGUGCUUGGAGGAAUACGUCACCUCCUACCAUAUACUCCAAGAUGAAGCACUUGUCGAUCGUCAGAGCCCAUCUUUCUCAAUUAUGAAACUCUUUUUCGACAGUGUUGUCAAGUCGUUGCGUGAUCUGCGAGGUCGGGUGCAACUUGAGGUUCUGCUAGGAGAUGUCUGUUCCGAGCUCGAACGAUCAACUAGUCGGCCGACUGAUUUUCCUUCUCAGUUUACACGGCUUUGGCUAAGUAACAUUCCUGAUUACAUUCAAGGACCUCUUGGAGCUAUUAUCUACGUCCUGUCGAAGGCCGACCCAACUCAGGAUGCGGCUGUUGGCUUCAACUGCUUGUACAGAUCAGGACUGUGGCCAAGCGGAGAUUCGUAUUGCUUCAACUAUACAUCCUUGCGGAUUGAAGAACUCCCUCGAUUUCUUGGCUGCCGGGUAAUUACCAUGAUCCCAACCUCGCAUAUCACCCUCGUUCCGCAAACACUUCCAAGACCCUUGCACGAGCUUGCUUCCAAAGCCGAGCUCGUCGUGUGGCUGACCAUGGUUUUCAUUUACACCAUUCUUCCCGGAUACUCGAGCCAUAUUCCCAGUGCCCGAGUCAUUAACUCCGGCAAUCUUGUGAUGUUUGUUGACUUGCUUGUACAUCUUCAUCGGGUCGGGUUUCCACCGCAUUGGCUGGGAGACUUCCUCGGAGCAGUACUCUCUAAUUCUCUCGUAACCGAUGUCGCGACGUACUCCGGAGAAUGGCCUGUCCCGCUUGAAGAACAAGACAAACGUGUUCCGCAAAGAAAGGUCAACAUCUAUCCGUGGCUCGUUGAUUUGGAAAGUAUUCUCGCAGACGCGUAUGAAGCGAUCCCUUUCCACUUUGUUCGUCCGGCAGACUUUUCCCGCUGGUCCAGCGAUAUAGGCCUGUUCCAGCUUGAUAUUCCAGCGAAUCCGAUUAUGGCCCAGGACAAAUUGACUGGCGUCUUCUUGGUAUUCUAUAGUCGCACGUUCACCAAGUGCACUCAUCAUGAUUUGACUUCUGAGAUGCAUGACAUUUUUGAGGGGCGCAGGUCGGUCGAUCAUGACAAGAAAUUCUACGUGCUCACUGCGACUGAGACGGUGGAUGUGUACCAUGAGGUGAUCAGAUGGCGUAUGAGCAAGGCAAGAAUGGCGAAGCUAAGGAAGGAGAAGUGGCAGGUGGCGGUGUAUCGUUCGGAUUUCCGGUCUAUGUUAGUUGGUCCUUACGUUGUCGACAAAUCAUUCGACGUAGUAGACAAGUAACGUUUCGGUGGUCUGAAGUGCUUAUCCUUUGUAUGGCAGAGAAUUCUACCCAUUUCCUUUGCCCCUCAUUGUCGUUGAAGCUUCAGGUUUAUGGCAUGGCUCAACUCUCGGGACUGAGGUCCAGAAGGACACAGAAAAUCCGCAUAC